CGACCUCAUCCGGAGGAAGUGAAGCCCAGACGAGGCAGCGACUUCAUCGGAGGGGAAAAAAAAAAAAAAAAAAGGAAAAAAAAAAAAGAGGCAGACCAAGUUCCUUCGGUUUUGUGGGAAUUAUCGACACAUUUGAUCGGUUGUAUCCCAGCGGCGGGCAACAAUCGGGAGGGAGGCCGAGGAGUGGACGGUAACCGGAAUAAUGGAGGAUUCGCAUUUUAACUCAUCCUAUUUCUGGUCUCCCAUCCCCACUGUGCAAGGACAGAUCGACAACGCCGUGUUCCUCAACAAAGUGAAAGAGCAGCAAGAAAAGAAUGCUUCCUUCCCUCCGUCUUCCGCGUCCCACUACCAUACGGCCCUGCUCACCAUCCCGGGGGCCAAGACAGAUGGAGGCGGGCAUGCUGCUGCUCACCUCCACCCGCCACACAGCAGCCAGAACAUCACGGUGCUGCCUGUUCCUUCCACAGGCAUCAUGACAGCAGCGGGUCUUGUCAUCACCACACCUCAGGGAACGUUAGUUUCUCCCCCCUCCUCUCAGUCGUUUGUGUCGGGGCAUCCGACAACCACCAUGAUCGUCUCUGCCCUUCAUCCUCCAGACAAAAAAGAAGCGGAUGGGGCGUCCCAUGUAGUUGUGAUGCCGACGCCCUCCAAACGAGGCCGAAAGAAGAAGAGCAUGGGCGGGAACGAAACCCUCAUCCUGGCUCACCUUAGCGCCGGCGGCCAGGUGUCAUCUCUGCAGCAUCACCCCAGGGACCCGUAUGACCUGUCCAAUGAGGAGGAGGAGCCCGGCUUGAAAGACAGCACCAAAACAUACAGGUGCCGGAUGUGCGCGGCGACCUUCUUCAGUAAGUCUGACAUGCAGAUCCACUCCAAGUCGCACACAGAGGCCAAACCUCACAAGUGUCCGCACUGCGCCAAGUCAUUCGCCAACUCCAGCUACCUGGCGCAGCACAUCCGCAUCCACAGCGGGGCCAAGCCUUACACCUGCUCCUACUGCCAGAAAUCAUUCAGGCAACUCAGUCACUUACAGCAGCACACACGGAACCACACAGAGUCGAAGCCUCACAAGUGUCCACAUUGCACCAAGUCAUUUGCCAACUCCAGCUACCUGGCCCAGCACAUCCGCAUUCAUACUGGAGUGAAGCCUUACUCGUGCUCCUACUGCCAGAAGAGCUUCAGGCAGCUCAGUCACCUUCAGCAGCACAACAGGAUUCAUACCGGGGAUCGGCCGUACAAGUGUACUCAACCUGGAUGUGAAAAAUCCUUCACGCAGCUUUCAAACUUACAGUCGCAUCGACGCCAGCACAACAAAGACAAACCUUACAAGUGCUCCAACUGCAACAAAGGAUACAUAGACGCCGCCAGUCUGGAGGUGCACAUGUCCAAACACACGGUGAAGCACGCCAGGAUCUACUCCUGCGGCCUCUGCAACCGCACGUACACCUCAGUAAGACCAAUACCCAUUUCUGAAGACAAUUCCUACAUGAAUCACUGCCAGUGGCCUCACUGGCAUCAGACUCCUGGCAGCUACUUUACACCAGCGUGUACUUCGUGUAGUCAUGUGUCCACUGUCUCCCCUCUGCCUGUCCUCCCCUCACCUCAGGAGACGUACCUUGUGAAACACAUGGAGAAACACAACCAAGGGCAGCUGAGCGCCGCCGAUGCUCCAGCGGGACAACGGAACCAAAGCCAGACUCGCGGGCAGCCCGGAGCUCAGAGCCAGGGGGAGGGCUCGGAAGGCAGGUCAGGCCGACCCGGAGCGGGCGGGGGCGGACAGAGCCAAGGCAGCUACCCCCAGCCUGAACCCCUCCCCUGCCCGUUUGACCUACACCAGUAUAAGACGGUGUCUGCCAGUGACAUCCAGUACAAACCCGUCACCGUGUCGGACCUUUCCUCCCAUAAGGACCUUUGCCUGACGGUGUCGUCAUCCAGCAUCCAAGUGGAGCACCUCAACUCUUAAAAGACAGAGGAUGGAGCCUUGACGGAUAGAAGCAAUAUUCAAAUGAAACAAGCUUUUUUUGGAACUGUGCCUGGAAUAUUUCUUUUUAUGGGGGGGGGGCAAACAGGACAAAUAGCCCAAUAAUAUGUGUGUGUGUGUGUGUGUGUGUGUGAAGGCUGCAAUAAAAACAUAAACGGUCCAUCACAGUGAUGGUUUUAAAAUGGAAAGUAAGGAAAUGAGAGUGGCUUCCCUUCACCUGUUUCUCACCUUUUGUUCUUCCACACAAAUGCUGCCACAGGUUAUAACCAUGUUAUGCUCCUGGAAGUAUUUGUCAUGUUUUUUUACAUCAGUGUUAUCACCUUUAUGCUAUAAAAGGGACUAAGUGGUUAUUUCCUUUUUUCGGAACAUAAAAAAAAAAAAAAAGUCUAUUAUAUGUAGAUACUUGCUACUCGCUGUUUUUUGCAAGGUUGUAUAUCUCCAGUAUGUAUACACCCUGUUGUAAUCCUACCAUUCUGCUUAUUGUGUCUGUCUCGCUAUAACACUUUCUCAAUAUUUGUAAUAACUUCUUUCCGGACACACUUGCACAUGUGGACAUUUGUUUUUUAUAAUAAUAAUAAUAAAAAUCAUGGAAAUA